AUGGAAGCGGCUGUCUCCCCCCCGGCUACUAGCCCGGGGGCAAACGGCGUUGCGACCACUCCCUUCGCAGCCGUCGACCCCGUCCGCGUUGUCGACCACCUUGGCGUCGUCCUCGAAGCCGCCCUUGGCGCAACCCGGACGGAGCUCGAGGCUCCUGGUAGUUUGCUGUCCGAAACCCGCUACCAUGACACCCUCCAGCGAUGUAAUCGCUUCGCGGUGGAUUCCCAGGUCGCCCUCUACAUCCAAAAAGAUCUCGUUCCGACAGACACACUGGAGGAUGGGGAUGUUGAUGAUGGCGCGCCUUCGCAUGUCUACACGAUAUCCUCCGACCUUUCCUCGUCCACGACGACGGUGGCCUUCCUUGUCCUGCUCAAACGGCCCCAACCCCUCGACCCUAGCAUCCCAAUAACCUCGCAGAUCCAGAUGCUUAAUUUGCCAGGGCCGGCGUACCUGACUGCAAACGCUAGUGAGCAAGGUUCGGCCGCAUCGCCCUACGAGAUCCUCCAGCUCUACCUCCACAAUGGCCUGGCGCCAUACUUUGAUGCUAGCACCAAGAGCCAGCAGAUGCUUAGCGGUGGGAGGGGGCGGACAGAUGUGGAUGCGAAGACCGGCAUCCCGGUUACCAAGAAGAGGUGGAACGACCUCGAACUCAGUCUCUCCCAUCUGCAACAGAACGUUGAGAUUCCCGAAGUGUCUCUACCGUUUCACCCCAUCGUGCAGACAGCGCUGGAUGAGGCGACUGCUAAGCAGACGAAACCGACUCUCGAUUUCAUCCCGCCCGCCGUCCUGCAGGACAGCACGUUCCUCAACAAUCUCCAAGCCACUGUCAACAACUGGAUCAAGUCCAUCCAGGCCAUCACGAAAAUGACGAGGGACCCCACCACCGGCACGGCGGCGCAGGAGAUCAAUUUCUGGCUCUCCAUGGAGUCUGCGCUUGAGGGAAUCGAGAACCAGCUGAGGAGUGAGGGAGUCAUGCUCACUCUCGAGAUUCUAAAGCACGCGAAGCGUUUCCAGGCCACCGUCAGUUUUACGGCGGAUACUGGUCUCAAGGAGGCGAUGGAGAAGGUGCAAAAGUACAACCAGCUUAUGCGCGACUUUCCUCUUGACGAACUGCUCUCGGCCACUGCCCUGGUUAAGGUCAAGGAUUCGAUCGGGCAGAUCUUUGCUCAUCUCAACAAGAAGUUGAGAAUAUGCCCCUACCCCAUCCGCCGUGCGCUUCCCCUGGUGGAAACCAUCUCCGGUGACUUGGACGAGAUGUUGCACCGCUUGUUGCCGGGCAAGGAGCUAGUCAAGCUCGAUUUCCAGGAUUUCCGCCGGGUCAUGAAGCAGGCCGAUGACAUCUUCAGGAUCUGGGACGAGAACAUCAAGGAGUUCACCAACGUUGCGCGUGAGGUUACUCGGCGCCGCAAUGAGAGGUUCAUUCCCAUCAAGAUCAUCCCCCGGCACGCUGAGCUGCAGGCGCGGCUGAAGUACGUCAGCAAAUUCCGCGACAACCACGAGCAGCUCCAGCGGACCAUUGUCAACGUUCUCGGCCCCAGGGUGACCGUGAAUGGCAUUUCCGAAGCCGGUACCAAUGGGACUGUUGUUGUCGAGGAGAUUGGCGACGUUGAUGCUGUUGAGGAGGUUAGGCAGGCCUGGGAAGGUUUGAAAGAUGUCGAUCUUCUUGAUGUCACUCCCGAAGGCACGCGGGAAUGGGCUCGUGCCGAGAACAUCUACAACGAGCGGACGUCCCGUGUGGAGAACUCUAUCAUUGCGCGGCUUCGCGACCGGCUCGCGACGGCGAAGAAUGCCAACGAAAUGUUCCGCGUCUUCUCCAAAUUCAACGCGCUCUUUGUGCGCCCCAAGAUCCGUGGCGCCAUUGCCGAGUACCAGACCCAGCUCAUCGACAACGUCAAGCAAGCCAUCACCGCGCUCCACGAGCGGUUCAAGCAGCAGUAUGGCCAUUCUGAAGCCCACGCCAUGGCUCAGCUACACGAUCUCCCGCCGGUUUCCGGCGCCAUCAUCUGGGCGCGCCAGAUUGAGCGGCAGCUCGACGGGUACAUGAAGAAGGUCGAAGACGUGCUGGGCGCUGAGUGGACCAUCCAUGCCGAAGGCCAAAGGCUUCAGAGCGAGAGCGACUUGUUCCGCAAGAAGCUCGACACACGCCCCAUCUUCGAGGCCUGGCUUCAUGACGUGCAAAGGAAACAGAUCUCCAUCUCUGGCCUCUUAUUCAACAUUACUCGCAUUCGCUCGGCCGGAAACGUGCUGGAGCUCGCUGUCAACUUCGACGCUCAGGUGAUUGCCCUGUUCAAGGAGACUCGGAACCUAGUGUGGCUUAACUUCCCCGUUCCUCACUCUGUCAACAACGUGGCAAAGGAGGCCAAGCGUGUGUACCCGUACGCCGUCAGUCUGAUGGAGAGCGUCAGGACGUUCGCACAGACCAAUCGCCAGAUCGCGGACAUGUCCGAGGUCGCAGUGCUCCUCAGCGGCCAUCGCGACGAAGUCUACACCCUGAUCGCCAAGGGUGUUCCUCUGAAGUGGGAGUCGUUUGUGAACACGUACGAGGUGCACUUCAAGAAUUACGCGCCAAAUGUUGGCCUCGACAACUUCAAGGGUGGAGAAAGUAGGCAUGUCAUGUUCAUUCGCGAAUUUGGCGCCGCCGUCUCCCUGCUGCAGGCCAAGACCAUCACCUUGUCCAACAUCCACGCCACGGUACAGAAGGCACUAACCGAGCUUGAGAAAUGCCCAUACGAGGUGUCCGCCUUCGAAUCCCGCUUGGAGACUAUUCAAAGUGCCGUCGAUCAGCUCAACUUGGAACAAUAUGUCAACCUCGGCUACUGGGUAGGACGCAUGAACCGGCAGAUCAAGGCCGUUUUGCUUGCUCGCCUACAUCACUCCAUCCAGGCUUGGAUCGAGGCAUUUGAGGACGAGUACCUCGAACGGGCAAGCGAUCGCAAGAGGGCUCUCGAGCCUCUUGACGGUGCCAAAGCGGAUGUGCCAGUGAUCAAGAGGCUGGUACACGAGAUCACAAUGCGGAACCAGGUCAUCUAUCUUGAUCCGCCCCUCGAGUUCGCUAGGGCUAGCUGGUUCUCCCAGCUACAGGAGUGGAUUGGAGUUGUCUGCAACCUGAAGAAGAUCAAGGCCACGCGGUAUCAGAUGUCCAUCAGCACUACGGUGUAUGAUGAGCCCCGCUUCAACGACUUGCCGAGCGAAUGCACCCAGGCCCUCCUCAGGGUUCAGACCUCAGUCGAAAAGAAGGUCAACGAAAUUGGCGGGUACGUAGACAAGUGGCUCCAGUUCCAGUCGCUCUGGGACUUGCAGUCAGAGCACGUCUACGAUGUCCUCGGCGAUCAGCUCUCUAGGUGGUUGCAGCUCCUCCAGGAACUCCGGAAAACGCGUCAAACUUUCGACACCACCGAGGUCAGCCGCUCGUUUGGCCACCUCACCAUCGACUACGACCAGGUUCAGACCAAGGUCAACGCCAAGUAUGACCAGUGGCAACACGACAUCCUCAUCAAGUUUGCUGGUCGCCUUGGCACGCGCAUGCGGGAAGUUCAUGCGGAGAUCGAGAAGGCCCGUAGGGACAUCGAAGGCCAGGCGAUCGAGGCCAAUUCGACCGCCCAAGCCGUGCAGUUCAUCACCACUGUUCAGACCUGCAAACGCCAGGUGAAACUUUGGGCACCGGAGGUCGAGACGUUCAGGCAGGGAGAGUCGACCCUCGUCAGGCAGCGGUACCAGUUCCAAAACGACUGGCUUCAUGUCGAACAAGUUGACGGCGCGUGGGAUGCCCUCAACGAAGCUCUCGGCCGCAAGGCCAAGAUCGUCCAGGAUCAGACGGACGCACUCCGGGCCAAGAUCAUCGCCGAGGACAAGGUCAUCCUCGACAAAAUCAACGAGAUUGCGCUACUUUGGAACGAAGAGAAGCCCGUCUCGGGCACCAUCGCCCCCGAUGUCGCUUCUGCCACCCUUAGUGACUUUGAGACCAAGAUCACCAAGCUUCAAGAGGAAUCCGCCAUGGUUGCGAAGGCCAAGGAAGCGCUUGAUCUGCAGGCUACCCCCGAGUCCUCUCUCGGUGUCAUCCUGGAAGAGGUCCAAGACUUCAAGUCCGUGUGGGCUUCGCUCUCCACUAUCUGGAAUAACCUGAACGAGCUCCGCGAGAUCCUCUGGAACAGCGUCCAGCCCAGGAAGAUUAGAUCAUCUAUCGACAGUCUCAUCAAAAUGACCAAGGAAAUGCCGAGCAGGAUGCGCCAGUACGCUGCCUUUGAGCACGUCCAAAACGUUUUGCGACAGUUCAUGAAGGUUAACCCCAUGCUCACCGAGCUCAAAUCCGAGGCUGUCCGCGACCGCCAUUGGACCAAGAUCUACAAACAAAUCAAGCCUGGGAAACGCUACUCGCCCGUCUCGAUGACUCUUGGGGAUGUGUGGGAUCUCAACUUGGUUGCCACUGAGGUCAUCGUCAAGGACAUUAUCAUCCAAGCCCAGGGCGAGAUGGCGCUGGAGGAGUUCCUCAAGCAAGUGCGCGAGACAUGGACCGGGUAUGGGCUGGAGCUGGUCAACUACCAGAACAAGUGCCGUCUUAUCCGUGGCUGGGACGACCUCUUUGCCAAGUGCAGCGAGAACCUCAAUUCACUGCAGGCCAUGAAGCACUCGCCCUACUACAAGGAGUUCGAGGAAGAGGCGUCCGGCUGGGAGGACAAACUCAACCGCGUCCAUGUGCUCUUCGACGUGUGGAUUGACGUCCAGCGUCAAUGGGUGUAUCUCGAAGGCGUCUUCACCGGCAAUGCCGAUAUCAAGCACCUGCUCCCCAUCGAGUCCUCGCGCUUCCAGAACAUCAACAGCGAGUUCUCGGCCGUCAUGAAGAAGGUCUACAAGCAGCCCAACGUUCUGGACGUCCUGAACAUUCCCAACGUACAGAAGUCCCUCGAGCGCCUGGCCGAGCUACUCAACAAGAUCCAGAAGGCACUCGGCGAGUACCUCGAGAAAGAGCGUGUGUCAUUCCCGCGCUUCUACUUUGUUGGUGACGAGGACCUGCUAGAGAUGAUCGGCAACAGCAACGACACCAUGCGCAUUGCCAAGCACUUCAAGAAGAUGUUUGCUGGUCUUACCGGCCUGGUGAUGGAUGAGGAGUCAGUUAUCACUGGGUUUACUUCCAAAGAGGGCGAGGUCGUCCGACUCAAGAAGGAGAUCAACCUGGUCAAGACACCCAGGAUCAACGACUGGCUUGCUUUGUUAGAGAACGGCAUGAAGGCGACGCUCGCUGAACUUCUUGCUGAGGCGAUUGAUGAGUUUAACCCGAUCUUUGCAAGCGAGGCGAUUGAUCGCGACGCGCUCAAUAAGUUCAUGGAGACGUAUCCCAGCCAGAUCGUUGUGUUGGCUACUCAGGCCGUCUGGACCACUUCUGUGGAGCAAGCGCUGGUCGACGGAGGCGCGAACCUGCAAGCCCUGUUCGAUCGCGAGGUUCAGGUCCUCCGCAUGCUAGCAGACACGGUUCUCGGAGAUCUUGAUGUGCUGAUGCGCAAGACUUGCGAACAGCUCAUCACCGAGUGCGUGCACCAGCGGGAUGUCAUCGAAAAGCUCAUCAAGGUUAAUGCCCGCUCCAAUACCCACUACCUUUGGAUGCUCCAGAUGCGCUAUGUCUACGCGCCCGAAGGCGAUUUCUUGCGGCGUCUGCACAUCAAGAUGGCCAAUGCGAAGCUCGCCUACGGCUUCGAGUAUCUGGGCGUGCCCGACAGGCUGGUCCGGACUCCCCUUACCGACCGCUGCUUCCUCACCCUCACCCAGGCCCUCUGCCAGCGUCUCGGUGGCUCUCCAUAUGGCCCGGCAGGUACCGGCAAAACAGAAUCAGUCAAGGCUCUCGGUGUACAACUCGGUCGCUUCACCCUCGUUUUCUGCUGUGACGACACGUUCGACUUCCAGGCCAUGGGCCGCAUCUUCCUCGGUAUCUGCCAAGUGGGUGCCUGGGGCUGCUUCGACGAGUUCAACCGUCUUGAGGAGAGGAUCUUGUCCGCCGUCUCUCAGCAAAUUCAAAACAUCCAGCUUGGUCUGAAGCAGGGUGCCGAGGACGAGAAGGCCCAAAUCGAGCUCGUCGGCCGCCAGCUGCGCGUCAACGCCAACACGGGCAUCUUCAUCACCAUGAACCCUGGUUAUGCCGGCCGUUCCAACCUGCCCGAUAACUUGAAGAAGUUGUUCCGCAGUGUCGCCAUGUCCAAGCCUGACAAGGAACUCAUUGCCGAGGUCAUGCUCUACUCGCAGGGCUUCAACCAAGCCAAACAGCUGUCUAAGCACACAGUUCCUUUCUUCGACCAGUGCGCUGCCAAGUUAUCAAAGCAAGCUCACUACGACUUUGGUCUGCGUGCGCUCAAGAGUGUACUGGUCAGCUCCGGUGGACUGAAGCGCGCCCGUCUGACUAGCGCUGACGGCACCCUGGGAGCUGAGGAAGUUGUCGAGCCCGAGAUCAUUGUCCAGAGUAUCCGCGAGACCAUCGCGCCCAAGCUGAUCAAGUCUGACGUCGACGUCAUGUCGGAGAUUGAAGAGGUUUGCUUCCCAGGCGUCAAGUAUGUGCCGGCCAACUUGUACAAGCUCGAGGACGCAAUCCGUCGCCUGGCCGCUGAGAGGCAUUUGGUUGUCAACGAGCUCUGGAUGACCAAGGUACUGCAGUUGUACCAGAUCCAGAAGAUUCACCACGGUGUCAUGAUGGUGGGCAACUCUGGGUCCGGCAAGUCUGCGGCUUGGAGGCUGCUUCUGGAUGCUUUGCAGCAGGUCGAGAAUGUCGAAGGCGUGUCGCAUGUCAUUGACAGCAAGGUCAUGUCCAAGGAAGCGCUGUACGGAAACCUGGACUCGACGACGAGAGAGUGGACCGACGGUCUGUUCACUAGCAUCCUCCGCAAGAUCGUCGACAACCUCCGUGGCGAGGACACCAAGCGUCACUGGAUCGUCUUUGACGGCGAUGUCGACCCCGAGUGGGUUGAGAACUUGAACAGUGUGCUUGAUGACAACAAGCUCCUGACCCUGCCCAACGGCGAGCGUCUCAAUCUCCCGUCGAACGUCCGGAUCAUGUUCGAGGUGGAGAAUCUCAAGUAUGCUACCCUCGCUACCGUCAGUCGUUGCGGUAUGGUCUGGUUCAGCGAGGACACCGUCACCCCUGACAUGAUGGUCGCCAACUACAUCGAGACACUGCGUUCUGUUGCGUUCGAGGAUCUCGAUGAGGAUGCCGUUGCCACCGGCCAGAGCUCGGCCAAGGCGCUGGAGAUUCAAGGCCAGGCUGCCGAUUUGAUGCAUGCGUAUCUCACAACGGACAGCUUCAUUCUCUUGGCCUUGCAGCAAGCUGAAGCGUUCAACCACAUCAUGGAGUUCACUUCCGCUCGUGUCCUCAGUACCCUCUUCUCGCUCCUGAACAAAUCGGUUCGCAAUAUCAUCGAGUACAAUUCGCAGCACUCUGACUUCCCGCUCGACCCUGAGCAAGUUGAGGGGUACAUCGCAAAGAAGCUGCUUCUCGCGAUGGUGUGGGCCUUGACCGGCGACUGCCCCCUCACGGACCGCAAGUUGUUCGGUGACAAGGUCGCGGGCCUGGCCAACUUCGGCUCGCCGCCGCUGGAUGGCACGAGCUCCCUCAUCGACUUUGAUGUCUCCCUACCGGGCGGGGAAUGGUCGCCCUGGCAGAGCCAGGUGCCGACUAUCGAAGUCAACACCCACUCGGUUACGCAGACCGAUGUGGUUAUCCCGACACUGGACACGGUUCGCCACGAGGAUGUUCUCUACUCUUGGCUUGCCGAGCACAAGCCGCUCCUUCUGUGCGGUCCUCCUGGUUCCGGAAAGACCAUGACGCUGUUCAGCGCCCUGCGGAAGUUGCCCAACAUGGAGGUGGUCGGCCUCAACUUUUCCAGUGCCACUACUCCCGACCUCCUCAUCAAGACGUUCGAGCAGUACUGCGAGUACAAGAAGACACUCAACGGAGUCAUGCUCUCGCCCACCCAAAUCGGCCGUUGGCUCGUUAUUUUCUGCGACGAAAUCAACUUGCCCGCCCCCGACAAGUACGGUACGCAACGUGCCAUCUCCUUCCUUCGCCAACUCGUCGAGCACAACGGCUUCUGGCGGACGUCGGACAAGUCUUGGGUUACCCUCGACAGGAUCCAGUUCGUCGGCGCCUGCAACCCGCCCACCGACGCAGGCCGUACGCCCAUGGGCGCGCGUUUCCUGCGACAUGCGCCGCUCGUCAUGGUCGACUACCCCGGCGAGCAGUCGCUCAUGCAGAUCUACGGCACCUUCAACUCGGCCGUGCUCAAGAUUAUUCCCUCGCUCCGCGGCUACGCAGAGCCGCUCACCCAGUCCAUGGUCCGCUUCUACCUCGAGUCGCAGCAGCGUUUCACGCCAAAGAUCCAGCCACACUACGUCUACAGUCCUCGUGAGCUUACACGCUGGGUGCGCGGUGUGUACGAGGCCAUCAAACCCCUUGAGGCGUUGUCUGUCGAGGGGCUUAUCCGCAUCUGGGCGCACGAAGCGCUCCGUCUCUUCCAGGACCGUCUCGUGGCCGAGGAAGAGCGCAAGUGGACCGACGAUGCCGUUCAGCGCAUCGCGAUGGAGUACUUCCCAACCAUCGACGAACAGAAGGCGCUUGGCGGGCCGAUCCUCUUCUCCAACUGGCUGUCCAAGCAUUACAUGCCUGUCGACCGCGAGCAGCUGCGUGACUUCGUCAAGGCGCGUCUCAGGACCUUCUGCGAGGAGGAGGUCGAUGUACCGCUUAUCUUGUUUAACGACGUCCUGGAGCAUGUGUUGCGGAUUGACCGUGUCUUCAGACAGCCCCAGGGUCAUUUGAUUCUGAUCGGUGUCAGCGGCAGUGGCAAGACAACGCUCUCGCGCUUUGUGGCCUGGAUGAACGGUCUCAAGGUGUUCCAGAUCAAGGUGCACGGCAAGUACUCAGCUGAGGACUUCGAUGAGGAUCUGAGGGAGGUCCUCCGCCGCUGUGGCUGCAAGGGCGAGAAGAUUUGCUUCAUCAUGGACGAGUCGAACGUUCUGGACUCUGGUUUCUUGGAGCGCAUGAACACACUGCUCGCCAACGCGGAAGUGCCUGGUCUCUUCGAGGGCGACGAUCUCGCGGCGCUCAUGACUGCCUGCAAGGAGGGAGCCCAGCGGCAGGGCCUGCUGCUAGACUCGCAAGAGGAGUUGUACAAGUGGUUCACGGGGCAGAUUGUCAAGAACCUGCACGUCGUGUUUACCAUGAACCCGCCCGAGGACGGAUUGUCGUCCAAGGCAGCCACGUCGCCUGCGCUGUUCAACCGUUGCGUGCUUAACUGGUUCGGCGACUGGUCUGAUCAGGCACUCUUCCAAGUCGGACACGAACUGACGCACUCUGUCGAUCUGGACAGGGCGAACUGGGGUGCCCCGGAUACUAUCCCGGUCGCGUACCGCGGCCUCAACCUGCCGCCCUCGCACAGGGAGACCGUCAUCAACUCGAUGGUCUACAUUCACUACUCCCUGCAGCGCUUCAACACCAAGCUACUCAAACAGCAGGGCAAGGUCACCUUCCUCACUCCACGCCACUUCCUCGACUUUGUUGCUCAGUAUGUCAAGUUGUACAACGAGAAACGGGAGGACCUCGAGGAACAGCAACGCCAUCUCAACGUCGGUCUCGAGAAGCUCCGCGACACUGUCGACAAGGUCCGCGAUCUCCGCGUCAGCCUCGCCGAGAAGAAGGCACAGCUCGAGCAAAAGGACGCCGAGGCCAACGAGAAGUUGCAGCGCAUGGUUGCCGACCAGCGCGAGGCAGAGCAGCGGAAAACCACGUCGCUCGAAAUCCAGGCUGCGCUAGAGAAGCAGGAGACCGAGGUCGCGUCCCGCAAAAAGGUCGUGCUCCAGGAUCUCGCCCGCGCUGAGCCCGCUGUCGAAGAGGCCAAGGCGUCCGUCAGCAACAUCAAGCGCCAACACCUCACAGAAGUGCGCUCCAUGAGCUCCCCUCCGCAGGGCGUCCGUCUUGCCCUCGACUCGGUCUGCACGCUCAUCGGCCACAAGGUCACCGAAUGGAAGCAGAUCCAGGCUGUUAUCCGCCGAGAUGAUUUCAUUGCUAGCAUCAUCAACUUCAACAACGAAAAGCAGAUGACCAAGGCGCUGCGGCUCAAGAUGCGCAAUGAGUUCCUCGCCAACCCGGAAUUUACCUUUGAGAGGGUCAACCGUGCCAGCAAGGCCUGCGGUCCGCUCGUGCAAUGGGUCGAGGCGCAGGUCAGCUACGCCGAGAUCUUGGACCGUGUCGGGCCCCUGAGGGAGGAGGUCGGCUUGCUCGAGGAGCAAGCCCUGCAAACCAAGGCCGAGGCCAAGGCGGUCGAACAGACGAUCGACAACCUCGAGACCAGCAUCGCCACGUACAAGACCGAGUAUGCGUCGCUCAUUAGCGAGACGCAGGCGAUCAAAUCGGAGAUGUCGCGCGUCCAGUUCAAGGUUGAUCGUAGUGUCAAGCUGCUGGAUAGCUUGUCGUCGGAGAGGACGCGCUGGGAGGAGGGCAGCAAGUCAUUCGAGACGCAGAUCAGCACCCUGGUCGGUGAUGUGCUCGUCGCGGCGGCGUUCCUCGCCUACAGCGGUCUGUAUGACCAGACGUUCAGGAAGUCGAUGAUGGAGGAUUGGCUCCACCAGCUGCACCUCUCGGGCAUCCAGUUCAAGCAGCACAAUCCGAUGACCGAGUACCUCUCCACCGCCGACGAGAGGCUCGGCUGGCAGGAGAACACACUGCCGGUUGAUGACCUCUGCACCGAGAACGCGAUUGUCCUCAAGCGCUUCAACCGCUUCCUGGACGACUCGUUCACCAAGCAGCUCGAGAGCUCGCUCCGCUUCGGCAACCCCAUUCUCAUCCAGGAUGCGGAGCAUCUCGACCCCGUGCUUAACCACGUCCUCAACAAGGAGUACCAGAAAACAGGCGGUCGUGUUCUCAUUCAGCUCGGCAAACAGCAGAUCGAUUUCUCGCCGAGCUUCAAGAUCUACCUGUCGACGCGCGAUCCCUCAGCUACCUUUGCUCCCGAUAUCUGCAGUCGCACGACCUUUGUCAAUUUCACGGUCACGCAGAGCAGCUUGCAAACACAAUCCCUGGCGGAGGUGCUCAAGUCGGAGCGUCCGGACGUGGACGAGCGGCGUUCGAACCUCAUCAAGUUGCAGGGUGAGUUCAAGGUGCACUUGCGGCAGCUCGAGAAGCGUCUCCUCCAGGCGCUCAACGAGUCGCGCGGCAACAUCCUCGACGACGACAACGUUAUCGAGACGCUGGAGACGCUCAAGACGGAGGCGGCCGAGAUCUCCAUUAAGAUGAGCAACACCGAGGGCGUUAUGGCCGAAGUCGAGGAAAUUACGCUGCAGUACAAUGUCAUUGCCCGGUCGUGCAGUGCCGUGUUUGCCGUGCUCGAGCAACUGCACUAUCUCAACCACUUCUACCAGUUCUCGCUGCAGUACUUCCUCGACAUUUUCCACUCUGUCCUUCACGGCAACCCCCACCUAGCCGGCGAGCUAAACCACACCGUGCGUCGCGACAUCAUCGUCAAGGACCUGUUCGUGAACGCGUUCAAGCGUACUGCGCUGGGACUGCUGCAGAAGGACCGCGUCACCCUGGCGAUGCUGCUUGCUCAGGCGUCGCCUUACAAGAUGGACAAGGGGCUGCUGGAUGUGAUUUUGGACGAGCGCGUCGAGGGCAAGGAUGUGUCAUCGGACGUGGCGGCCAAGGACGACGUGUUCGUGCGUGCCAAGCGGAUCUCGGCGCUCAAGGAGAGGCUCGACGGCGUUGCGGACGCCGACUGGGACAAGUUCUUCAGCGAGGAGCUUGCCGAGAACUUCGUGCCCAAGAUCUGGGACGACAGCGCCGAGCCUGCGGACCAAGCCCUCAUGUCGCUCCUGCUUGUCAAGCUCUUCCGCCUUGACCGCUUCGUCCCAGCGGCCGAGCGCUUCGUCACGCUAGUCUUUGGCUCCGACCUCUUUGACGUGGUCGAGGACCUCAAGCUCACGGUCGACCAAGUCUCGGCCACCCGGCCGGUCUCGCUGGUCUCCAGCCCUGGUUUCGACGCCUCGUACAAGGUCGACUCGCUCGUCGAGCGCAUGCGCGUCCGCUGCACCAACAUCGCCAUGGGCUCCAACGAGGGCCUCGCCAGCGCGGACAAGGCCAUCGCCAACGCGGCGCAGACGGGCUCGUGGGUGCUCAUCAAGAACGUCCACCUGGCGCCGACGUGGCUGCAGAGCCUGGAGAAGCGCAUGGAGUCGCUGAACCCCAACAAGGACUUCCGGCUGUUCCUGUCGAUGGAGUCGUCGCCCAAGAUCCCCGUCAACCUGCUCCGCGCCAGCCGCGUGCUCAUGUACGAACAGCCCGCGGGCGUGCGCGCCAACAUGAAGGACUCCAUGUCGUCGCUGUCGACGAGGUCGGUCAAGAGCCCCGUGGAGAGGACGAGGCUGUACCUGCUGCUGUCCUUCUUGCAUGCCGUCGUGCAGGAGAGGCUGCGGUACGCGCCCAACCUGGGGUGGAAGGGGUUCUGGGAGUUCAACGAUGCCGACUACGAAUGCUCUGCCUUCGUCAUCGACACGUGGGUCGACGCGACGGCGCAGAACCGCACCAACAUCGCGCCCGCCAACAUACCCUGGGACAUGAUCCGCUACCUGGUCGUCGAGACGUACGGCGGCAAGAUCGACGACGAGGGCGACUUCCGCGUGCUGCACGACCUCGUCCACACCUUCCUCACCCCGGCCGCCUUCGAGAUCGGCCACAAGCUUGUUACUGCCGCUGAGGAUGCCACCGCCGCCGCCGCGGACUCGGUCGAGCUGGUCGUGCCCGCCGGCACGUCGCUGCAGGAGUUCAUGGGCUGGAUCCAGCGCCUGCCGGAGCGCGAGCCGCCCACGUACCUGGGCCUGCCGGCUAAUGCCGAGAAGUUGUUGCUGGUGGGGCUGGGGCGGAGCUUGAUUGGGAAUCUGAAGAAGGUGACGGAUUUGUUGGAUGAGGGGGAGGCGUUGAUAACGGAGGGUGAGGUUUGAGGGGGUGG